AUGAGACCUCAAACCUUCCUCCGAGCAUGCUUGCUCCCGCUACUCUUCUUCGAGGCAGCCUACGCCGACGCCGACUUCCUCGAUGUGCGCACCAAGCUAGAAAGGGACCGCUCCGGCAAGCGCGGUGACCCCAAAGACAAAUACUUCCACGAGAGUACCUUUCACAGCCAUUACGAUGGCCGCUUCGCCGAUAAAGAGAUUAGUGAGGAUGUCCGGUUAUCACAUCUCACAGCUCUCAUCCGGACAUUCCUCGCCACCAUGAGUGACAUUGGGGCCGAGGCUUGGAUUAUGCAUGGAACACUGCUUGGCUGGUGGUGGAAUGAGCGGAUAAUGCCUUGGGAUUCCGACCUGGAUGUCCAAGUGACCGAAGAAACGAUCGCUUUUCUUGCCCGCUACUACAAUAUGACCGAGUAUCGAUAUCAAACCGGCAUGGAGGAAGAAGGAGGACGGAGUUAUCUGCUGGAGAUCAAUCCGCAUUAUGUGAUUCGGGGCACAGAAGACCAUCUUAACGUUAUUGACGCCAGAUGGAUCGACACCGAGACGGGUCUGUUCAUCGACAUUAGCACUGUCCGCGUUGACCACGAGGCUCGUCGCAAUGGUAAAGAGGGUGCGCUGAUGUGCAAAGACAAGCACAACUAUCUCGAGAAGGAUCUCUUCCCUCUGCGAGACGGGUAUUUCGAGGGCAUCCAAGUCAAGAUACCUUUUGAGUAUGAGUAUCUGCUGGAGGAGGAGUACGGCGCCAAGUCCAUGUCAGAGACGGAAUUCGAAGGUCAUCGCUUCAAUGCAACUUCCAAACUUUGGCAGCCGAUACCCGGAUGGAAACCGCCAUCAAAGAAGCGGCCCAACCGUAAGAAACCACCCAAAGCAGGUAACCGCAAUGGAUAG